AUGCGGAUUCAAAAGGAGUAUAAAGAGAUUGAAACCAGUCUUGCCGUCGGUUUCGUGUGCCGCAUGCUCAGGUAUAACCCAUUUACAUGGCUAUUUGCAUUCAGAGGCGGUAGGGGAACUGACUUCGAGUGUGGGAUUUUUCAUGGGCUUAUCCAGUUUUCGGAUUAUUACCCAUUGGAGCCUCCUUCAAUCAUGCUUUUGUCGGAAAAUGGUCGCUUCAAAACCAAAAGCAAGAUCGGAUUGAACUGGCAGCCAUCAUGGACGGUGCCAGAUGCUUUACUUGCACUUAUUGGUUCAAUGGACAGCUACCCAGAUGGUGAAUUGGGUUCAGUAUAA